AUUGUUUAUUAUUGAAUCGUUUGUAGUUACAUUUCGAAUUGAAAUUUAAUGUAUUUUUUUCAUUUUCAUUCGUGGGAUGUAAUAUUUGUCAUUGCGAUAUCCUCUGAAACUUAAAUUCGUAUAAGAUUUUUAUUUCAAAAACAAGCCGUUCUUAUGCCGAAUUUGUUUGUUUUUAUAUUUGAAGAAUUAAUUACAGAUCAUUGUAAAUCAUGGAUUCUGUGGCUUCAAAAGUUGUCAAGCUCACUCACAAACAGUUUCGAGCUUUGCUCAAAAAAUUUAGACGUAAGAAAAAGAGGCAACAAUUAGCAAAAGAAUUGGAGGAAAAAGAAUUAUUAGAACAACAACGUAGGGAAAAUUCUCCAAAUUACAAAGAAAGAGAGGAAGAAAGGAGAAGAAAUGCUCAGCUAUAUGAAGAAUUUGAAGAAAGAGAAAGAAUUAGGGAACAUAAAUUAUGGCUUUUGAGAGAAGCACAAGCACAAAGAGAAUUCCAAAAGAAACAAGAGCAGCUUGAACAAGAAAAGAUUAAACUCGAAGAGGAACGAAAAAGGAUUGUUGCUGAGUUUGAGAAACAACAGCUUUUGGAGAGUAAAAAAGAAGAUGAAAACCAAAAGUUGAAAACUCAGAAGGAGGAAGCUCUACAAGAAGCACUUUCAAGCUUACCUGAGAGCAAAGGACCAUGGCAUAAUCCUAUUGCUCCUGAAAAUUACAGUACGGGUACAGAAAGGGAAUUAUGUCAGUUUUUUGUUAAAACUGGAUGUUGCAGGUUUGGUGAAAGAUGCUCCAGAGGUCAUAUUUAUCCUUCAGUAAGUACAACCAUUCUGAUAAAAGGAAUGUAUAGUCACUUUAGCAUUGGCCAUACUGAAAGAGAUGACUUUGAUACAGAUAAUGUAUUAGAAUAUGAAGAUAAAGAGAGAUACGAUGACUUUAGAAAUUUUUACAAUGAUGUCUUACCAGAAUUUAAGAAAUGUGGAAAAGUCAUUCAGUUUAAAGUGUGCAGCAAUCAUGAACCACACUUACGUGGCAAUGUAUAUGUACAGUUCUCGAAAGAAGAAGAAGCAGUGAAAGCUUAUCAGCAGUUCAAUGGCCGAUUUUAUGCUGGAAAACAAUUAACUUGCGAAUUUUCACAUGUCAUUAAAUGGAAAUCUGCAAUUUGUGGUUUAUAUUUCCGCAAACUAUGUCCAAAAGGUCUCAACUGCAAUUUCUUGCAUGUUUUCAAAAAUCCAACGAAUGAAUUUUGGGAUGCUGACAGAGAUCGACUUUCUCGUGACUCUCAUUCCUCCAAAAGCAAUCAAUCCAGACAAAGAAGUGAAAGGAAAUCAUCUCAUCACAGUUACUUUGAUGAAAGUCGUUCAUAUAGAGAUAGUGCUUCUGAGCGUCGAAAUGACUAUUCUUAUCAAUAUAGGUCAACAGAUUCUGAUGAAGACAUUACUGAUAAUGGACAUUAUUCUUCAUCCAGAAGAAAAAAUUCUGAUAGAAGAAGAGAUUCGUCUCACAGAUCUCGCCAUAAAAGAAAAUACAGAGAUUCAAGGUCAAGGUCUCGAUCUCCCAGCCCACAUUCUGAUGAUUAUUCCAAAAGAAAUCAUAAACGAAAGAAGAGUAAACACAAAAAGAAAUCAAAGAAAAGAAAGCGACAAUCAAGCUCCAGUGAGAGCGAAGAAAGUUAAUUUUCAGAAUUAUGAAGUGAAUAUUUUGUAUUGUAAAUAUAAACUAGAACAAAAUAAAUUUUGUAAUAAGUUUUGUUUUGUACUAUUAA